AUGCUUGGACAAAUGACGCAGCUAGAUGUAAGCACGAUUCUGCAUCCGAACCGGACAUUGAACCAAGCUAUUGUACACGAACAUGCAAAACUCAAUGUCGGCUCGUACUUGAAUACGCCUGGUGCUGAGUUGAAUGACUCGAACGUAAACUCCACCCAUAACUUUUCUCCCAGAGAAUGGCGAGAGUUAAUCACGGAAAUCCAAGCCAUUUACGCUAGUCAUGGCAGUCACCCAAUCAUCUAUGGAAUCGAUUCGGUACAUGGGGCCAACUACGUUCGUGGAGCUGUACUGUUUGGCCAACAGCUCAAUGCUGCUGCUACGUUUAACCCCAAAUUGGUAUACGAAAUGGGCCGAAUCACGGCUCGAGACACUGGUGCAGCUGGAAUCCCGUGGGUAUUUGCUCCGAUCCUUGAGAUCUCGCAAAAUCCACUUUGGGCACGAACGUUUGAGACUUUUGGAGAAGAUCCCCAUCUGGUCUCUGUCAUGGCUGACGCGAUCAUUCGUGGUAUCCAAAGCAAUGGCACUAUUGCUUCAUGCAUGAAGCAUAUCAUUGCGUACUCAAAGACACCCACCGGUCACGAUCGUGCAGGUGUCACGAUUUCCGAUUUUGAUCUACUCAACCGCUUCGCUCCUUCGUUCAUAGCUGCCAUCAAAGCAGGUGCUAUGACCGCCAUGGAAAGCUACAUUUCCAUCAACGGGGUCCCCGUCGUUGCCAGCACUAAAAUCUUGAGAGAUUUAGUACGCCAUGACAUGGACUUUCAAGGUCUCAUCGUCACGGAUUACGCUGAGAUCCACAAUCUUCACGCGUGGCACCGAGUUGCCAAGACAGAUCAAGAUGCAGUUCGAAUGGCACUGACGAACGCUCCGCUAGACAUGAGCAUGGUGCCGCUCAACACUUCUUUCAUCGACAUGGCUCGCUUGAGUGUUCAAGAGAACCCUGAGCUGCUGAGUCGAGUGAAGGAUUCGGUCCGCAGAAUUCUAACAACCAAAGUCAAACUUGGUUUGUUUGAAAACGCUCUUCCAGGUACUGAAGACGACAUCGCUCUUGUUGGCCAAAACGAGAGUCGGCAGGCAGCACUGGACCUUGCACGUGAGUCAAUCAUUCUUCUCAAAAACGAGGACGACAUUCUUCCUCUAGAUGCAAACAGCCAAGUGUUCCUGACCGGGCACUCAGCAGACAACGUGGGGUUGCUGUGUGGAGGAUGGACGCUUCGCUGGCAAGGCGUGUCGGGCAACAAACUCAUACCGAACGGCAUCUCGCUUCGACAAGGUAUCACAAAUGUGCUGAAUACAAGUACCCUUCACUAUGCCAACGGCCUGCACCCCAAUGGUUCUUACUCUUCGGUCGAUCUUGAGGAAGCGAAGCACCUGGCCAAGAAAUCAUCUUACACGAUUGUUGCCAUUGGCGAGGACGUGUAUGCGGAGAAGCCUGGUGAUCUGGACGAUCUGAACCUGCCACUGGGUCAAAUCGAGUACGUUCGUGAGAUUGCUGCCACUGGUACGAAGGUGAUUCUCGUUUUAGCUCAAGGCCGUCCUCGAUUGCUUCAGGGUCUCGCUGAAAUUGUCAAUGCUGUUGUGUACGCUAUGCUCCCGGGUGAACUGGGUGGCCAAGCACUGGCCGAAAUUCUAUUCGGACGCGUAAAUCCAAGUGGCCGACUUCCCAUCACGUACCCGAAGACUUCAGCCAACAUCGCGAUUCCUUACAAUCACCUCGUAAGUACACGCUGCCGUGAUGACGGGCCGUGCAAGAUGGAGUGGAAUUUCGGACACGGGUUGAGCUAUUCUGCGUUCAAGUAUGGCGAGUUGACACUGAGCAAGACCUCUAUCUCGAACAGCGAUGAUGCUUCGCUCGAGAUCAGCGUGUCAGUCACGAAUGCUGGCUCGAUGGCAGGCAAGGAGACAGUGAUGUUGUUCCUCAUUCAACCAUUCCGCGCGAUCUCUGUACCGGAGGCCAAGCAGCUGAAAAAGUUUGCCAAAAUUUACCUUCAACCAGGCGAGACUCGAGUGGUGUCGUUUACUCUUACUCACGAAGACUGGGGAGUGUUCAACCCGCAAAUCGGCUCUGGAUUUCUCCGCGUUGUUGAAGCGGGUAAGUACUUCAUCGCUAUGAAACCUGAGACGGACUGCAACGUCUACGACGAAAGCGGUGCAACGUCCGAUCCCUUGUGUGCGCAGUUCACGAUCCAAGACAACUAA